AUGUCUGUCGGCGCAUGUCGGUCAAAAGGCCAGACUUGCCAGAAGAGCAGUGACUGUUGCAACAAAAAUUAUAUGUGCAUUCCUGUUCGGCUCGCGCGGACCUGUGCCUUCCACCAUGAUCCUAACAAGAGAGCGGGCCGGCCUGCACUCCGCGACGCACUGGUCAUAACCUCGGUCCCCCUGAGAUUCACAGCAUACAUAAGGUGCUGGAUCGAUAAAGACGAAGACAAGAUGCGCUCGCUUACUAGCGCUCAACGGGACUAUGAUGUCCAUGUGUCAGCCCUCAGCACCGUAUCCUCUGAUGAAGAACCUACUAUUAUCAUCGCUUUCGACUCUGUCAAGUACAUCUUUAACCCGUGUGUUUCUCCGGAGCAGGAGGAAUUGGAAGCAGACCAGGGCGUGUUCUUGACUUCUCAGCGAGCGAGCGGCCUCCCACAUGACUCAUGUUCCAGCUCAUCCGCAUUCACACGUACGGAGACGGCGGCCAUUAAGAUGAACAUCUGCAUGGCGCGCAAGAAGUUUGAAGAGCUUCAGGGAGACAGCCUUAUCUCAAAUUUUUGA